AUGGCCACAUAUUAUGGAGCAGGAAACCUGCGGGAGCAUAUCCUUAACUGCAAGACAUUCAUAGAGCUCCAAACUCUGUCGGACGCCCUGAUGUGCAAGGUCUUCCCCAUGACACUAACAGGACCAGUAAGAGCUUGGUUCAACAGCAUGGAAGCGGGGAGUAUUAGAAGCUUUGGGGACCUUACCAAUGUUUUCAUUAGCCAGUUCAUAGCAGGGGUUCUAGCUGAGAGGAAAACUAGUUAUUUGGAGACCGUCUGGCAAAGGAAGAAUGAAUCCUUAAGGGAGUACGUGGACCAUUUUAAUACAGAAGCCUUGCAAAUCCCGGAGCUGGAUGAAAGUCAGGCUAUGGAGGCCAUAAAGCCACCCACUACCCUAGCUGAACUGAUGAAGAGAGCCGAGAAGUAUAUAAGGCAAGAUGAUGCCUUAACAACCAGCAGGUUCGCUAGAGAGGUUGCAGACAGAGGGAAGGCGAUAGAGAAAAUGAGAUCGAAGAGAUCGGAGAGGAGACAUAAUAAGGGGCCAGAGGUGUAUAGGCAGCCCUGGGACAGGAGGGAACAGAGGCCGUAUCCACCUCGGGUCCCUGAGGCAAUAACCCCUCUCAAUGCAUCCAGAGCUGAAGUGCUCAUGGCAGUUCAAGAUAAGGAUUUCCUUCUAUGGUCUAAGCCUAUGAAAGCAGAUGCAAGCAGGAGGGAUCCUGACAAGUACUGCCAGUAUCAUCGCACCCACGGCCAUGACACCAAUAGCUGCUACCAACUGAUCAAUGAGAUCGAGAGGCUGAUCAAGAGGGGGCAUCUCCGAAACUUUGUGAAGAAUCUAGAAGGGGAGAGGCCCUAG